UUGGUGAUUAGGAUCUUGUAACGGCUAUGGGAGGCGAGACGGAUCCUCGGUUCCAUCGACUGUGGCUGACACGUUGUGGAGGUUGUGAGGUCUGCAAUUACAAAUGCCGACACUUGCCAAAUUUUAGUUUUAUUCCAAUGUAAUUUGAAGACGGAUAUGGAACGUGGAGGCUUCCAUGGCUACCGCAAGUUCUCCCUCAACACCACCACUCCUGAUGAACCAGCGACGUUGUUGAUGGCAGAGGGCAGCAUGCAUCUACCAGAAUUCAACCAGCCUAACAAAACCGCUAAUGGAGGUGAAGAGGAGUGCACAGUGAGAGAGCAAGACAGGUUCAUGCCGAUUGCCAACGUGAUACGUAUCAUGCGGAGGAUCUUACCUGCUCACGCCAAGAUCUCAGACGACUCCAAGGAGACAAUCCAAGAGUGUGUCUCGGAAUACAUCAGCUUCAUAACAGGGGAGGCCAAUGAGCGUUGCCAGCGGGAACAGCGCAAGACCAUCACUGCUGAGGAUGUCUUGUGGGCAAUGAGCAAGCUAGGCUUUGAUGAUUACAUCGAACCCCUCACAUUGUACCUCCACCGCUACAGAGAGUUGGAAGGUGACAGAGGGGUUAGCUGCGGUGCUGGAUCCGUUAGUCUCACCAGCGGCUUGGUGGUCAAGAGGCCUAAUGGUACCAUGGCCGAGUAUGCAGCCUACGGGGCUGUGCCAGGGAUUCACAUGGCGCAGUACCAUUAUCGUCAUCAGAACGGGUUUGCUUUCAGUGGUAACGAACCUGAUUCUAAAAUGGGUGGUUCAUCAUCGGGAGCAAGCGGCGCCAGAGUUGAACUAUUUCCGACUCAGCAACACAAGUACUGAGAACAAUGGCUAAUAACGUUGACAGCUGACAGAGGGAAAGUCAUAACUGUAGUAGGCGCAACUUCUAGUUUAUGGGUUCAAGUUAAGCAAAAAACAAUGAUGCUUUAUCUCUGUUUAUCUUCUCUUUGAACGAACCUC